CGACGUCGACGUCAACGUCAAAGUUUGAUCAAUAAGCAAAGCAAGAAAAGGAAAAACAAAAGUCAAACGUGCAGCAUUUUAUGCUAUUAGGCAGGAUUAGGAACAGCAGAAGCAGUUGUCGAGGCUUAGUGAACGGACGCAUCUUGUUACCGAAAACAUGGAGGAGCUGCAGGACGCCAGCAUUCAUCAUAUGACGGCGCGUGUUAUAGCGGCCAUUAAGAAUACAAAAUCGUAUGAACCCAUCUAUAAAGAGCUGCAGCGCUUGGUGUGCAGUCCCGGCGUGGACAAGAAUGAUAUGCGCAAUACGCUGGAGAACGCCAUCAAGGUGGCCGGACUGGAAACGGAAAUCCGCAACAUGAUUUACAACUUGGUGCGCAGUCGCCUGGAGCGACUCGAAGUUGGCAACAACAAGACAACGAGUGAUCCCUUGGGCUAUCUGAAGCGCGCUGGUGUGCUCUGGGACAGACGUGUGCGCAAGAGUCUGAACGCCAUGUGUGCGGAGCUGAAGGUGCCGCUGCAUGGCCAGCCACGCAUUAGUGCCGACCGCGAAGAUUUUGUGGCCAAAUGGAACGAGCUGAGUAACUACAGCAUGGACCUGGCUAACUAUCGUCCCGUAUAUGCGCCCAAGGAUCUGCUAGAAGUAUUGCUAUCGCUGAAAGGACCCGCCAAGACAAAUGAGAACACAGAUAAAAUACCACAGUGGGAAUUCUCGCACAUCGCGCUGCCCGUGAAGAAUCUCUUCGAGCUGCGCACACACUAUGCGGAUCUGCUGCGCAUCGAUCAUUACAGUGCGCACGAUCUGUCGGUGCAGUGCCAGCGCAUCUUGGAGAGUCGCCACGCCCCGUUGUGCCAGCAGUUUCUCAAAAGAGGCAGCACGCCGGCCCCCUAUCGUGGUGCACUCUGGGCAGCAGUGCUGGACAGCAAGCUGCAUGAUUAUGAUAUUGAGUACUGGCAGAAGCUGCGCAACAGCGUCUGGACCACCGAUCAUAUUGUGGACAAGCUGGUCUUCAAGGACAUACAGCUGACCGCCUCGAACGACGAUCAGUACUUUGUGUUCGAGGAUGUGCUCUACCAGGUGCUGCUCUGCUUUUCACGUGACACAGAUAUUGCCAAUUGCGUGGAGUACGAAACAUUUCCGGUCAAGGGAAAGACCUACGAGGGGCCACCGUCGGGAGUGGUGCCAUUCCAUGGCAUUUGCAUGUUUGCUGCGCCCUUCUGCUAUCUCUACGACUCGCCCGUCUGUCUAUACUACACAUUCCGAGCUUUCUAUAUACGCUAUUGCCAUCGCUUGACCACCAUAAAUACGCAUCCGCAGGGCAUCGUUAGCCUCUGUCUGCUGUUCGAGAAACUGCUGCAGACCUACGAGCCCAAGCUCUGGUCACAUUUCCGUGAGCUGCAGAUACAGCCCCUACGCGUUGUAUUCAAGUGGCUCAUGCGUGGUUUCUCGGGUCACUUGCCACCAGAUCAGCUGCUAGUAUUGUGGGACUUGAUACUCGGUUUUGAUAGCCUGGAAAUACUGCCGCUAUUUGCAAUUAUUAUUUUGAGCUUUCGCAAGGAGAGUAUAAUGCAGGUGUCCUCACUGGACAGCAUCGAGGCCAUACUGGCAGAUCUAUCCUCAAUCAAAGUGCUGCCUUUGGUGCAAUUGGCACUGAGCCGCGACUAAAACUUAAAGCCCUUAAAAUGUUUAGCUGUACAAAAUUAAGAGUUGACCGACAGAAUUUAUUGUUGGCAACAAAUGUAAUUAAAGAGAGAUUAUAAAAGUUUUA